CCCCCCCCCAACCGCCUGAGAAGCACUGUUGAGUACCUUAAUGAGGGAGGGCAUAAUUACACUCUCGUCGACGUCGACUCACGCUUCGCGCUUUGAAAGUCAACCGUAAUUAAUUACCCAGUGAUACAACUGCCGUCAAACCGGAGCAGUACGCAUUCUGCAUUCUCCCUGCGAUGUAUCCAUUCUUCACAUACUCGCCCAACCGCCAUUACUUCGAAUACAAAUGGUACAACCUUGAGCUGCUGCGGCUGCUGGGCGCCGCGCCAUACGGGGGUUGCGACGCUGCCGAGUUCCUCGAGCUUGUCGCCUCGCUCAUUCCCAACGAUGCUGACGACUGGAACCGCAAAUUCUUGGCCCUGGCUGAGAGGACGCAGUCGUGGGCCGAGGAGAUGCAGAGAAACGGCCACCUCUCGGCCGCCAGGGGCGCGUUCCUGCGCGCCAGCAACUACUUCCGCUGCGCGCAGUACCUAUUCCCGAUCAUGCCCGCCGAAGAGCAGCCCUACUUCCUGUCCCUAUACCACCGCAGCAUCUCCAACUUUGAGCAGGCGACCAAGCUGAUGGAGCACGACGUACGCCGCGUUCGCAUCCCGUUCCAGCCGCCCGAGUACCGCGCACCGCUCCUCCGACUUCCCGGAUGGCUGCAUCUCCCCGCCCCGUCUCGACGUCUCAAGGGACGCAAGACGCCCGUCCUCAUCUGCAUCGGCGGCGCCGACUCCACCCAAGAGGAGCUCUACUUCCUCCACGUCGCCGAAGGGCCAGGCCUGGGCUACGCCGUCCUGACGUUCGACGGCCCAGGUCAGGGGCUCGUCCUGCGGGAGGACGGCGUGCCCCUGCGGCCCGACGGCGAGAUCGUCGUCGAGGCAGUCCUGGACUUCCUCGCCUCGUACGCCGAGGAGCACCCCGAGGCCGACCUCGACCUCGACGCCGUCGCGGUCACGGGCCAGUCCCUGGGCGGGUACCUGGCGCUGCGCGGGGCGGCGGACGCGCGCAUCAAGGCCUGCGUCGCCGUCGACCCGGUCUACGACUUCUACGACCUCGCCAUGUCGCGCAUGCCGCGGUGGUUCAUGUGGCCGUGGGAGCGCAACUACAUGGGCGACGGCUUCGUCGACUUCGCCGUCCGCGAGCACGCCAAGCUCGACGUCGCCACCAAGUACACCUUCGCCCAGGGCUGCCACAUGUUCGGCAGCUCCAACCCGGCCCAGAUGAUCCGCGACAUGAAGCAGUACACCUUCCGCCUCGACAGGACCGUCACGGCCGACAACAAGAACCGCGGGCGCGCCAACCGGGACUACCUCGAGUGGGUCCGUUGCCCCGUCCUGGUCACCGGCGCGGGGGGUGACCCGAAGCUGUUCCUGGCCGAGAUGAGCACGUCGGCCAUCAUGAGAAACCUGGUCAACGUGCCCGAGGGGCAGAAGGAGCUCUGGGUUCCCAAGGCCUGGUCCGAGGGCGGCGCCCAGGCAAAGUCUGGCGCCUGGCCGCUGCUGCAGUACCGGACUUUCAAGUUCUUGGAUGAGAAGCUGGGCAUCCAGAGGCCGUCGAGUCCGAAGAGGGUGUACGAGAACGGAUAUGAAAAUGGGUACACAAACGGCUUCGUGAAGAACGGGUACGAAAACGGCUUUGUGACAAACGGCUAUCACUGAUGCUGGUUGGUCGAUCUUGGGGUUGUUGGUCCGGGGGGGGGGGUCGAUCUCAGCAGUGGUGAGAUAGUUACAGCAGCUUUUUUUUUUUCAUUUCAUCAUGUUGUUACGGUUUCUCGUAGUAAUCGGUAGUUGGAUGAACGGGUUCUCUCAUACCAUAACCGCGUGGGCUUGUCGGUCGACCAAAAUCGUGAAGUGCGCCACCGAGAUGUUGCCAGCACGUGUCUGUAAUUACUUACCCUACCUAGCCUAAGUACCCUUGCUUCAGCUUAAACACCAGAUAUGUC